GUGUUAGCUGUUUGCCAUUAAACUACCGUGCACUACGUGACCAUUUACAUGUAGGCUUAUGGCAUGGGGUUUCUGCGUUUAACCCCUGUAGAUGAAUUCGUCCAGAAACUGAUCUUGAAUCGAAAGUGUGUAUAUUAUAGUUGAUGACGUUUGCUACUCAGAAUUCAUCAACAACAGACGAGGAUGUUGGGCUGAAAGAGAUGUAUAGAUAUUCAGUUGGCCAUGAGGCUCUGCAUCGACUGACGACUGACGCGUUCAGGAGCCAAGCAUCUGUGUGUUCCGUGGUGGAGUGGAAAAGAAAUCACUUGUGGAUAAAUAUUUGUUGAACCUGUUGGAAUCAACCUGUCCUACAAAUUUCGGCACUGAACAAAAUGACGUCAUCAAAAUUCGGGUAUUUUUAUACCUAAAUUUAAGUGUAGGGCUGUAUUCAAAGUGGUUUAGAAGUAUCUGUGACAACUAACGAGGAGUUGACCUGUACAUGUACGUUUUUGUUGCUGUAGCACUAAAAAAGCAACUUAACCGUCCACCGAUUCAGCAUGUUUUUAAGGACUGUGCUGGUGUUUGUUACGUGUGGAUACCUAGUGUGGAUGUGUGGAUGUAAAGCAUCGGGUCACGGCAGCGGUGACACUACUGAUUGGCCGAGUUCGGGGGACGGUUCUGGUUCUCCUUAUGACGAUCUCUGCGACCAAGACUACGUGGAAGUGGUUGAGUGUCCUCACGAUGACUCCUGCAUACCACUCUACUGGAUCUGCGACGGCCAGGACGACUGCAGUGACGGCUACGACGAGGCAUUUUGUGACGGCGAUCAUUGCGAUGUUAAUCCAUGUCUGAACGGAGGGACGUGUAACGUCUACGGCGGCAACACCUUCUGUCUGUGUCCAGACUCAUACUACGGUGACUUUUGCGAGCACGAUGUCUGUGAAGCCGGAGCGUGUGAGAAUGGUGGGUCUUGCUACCCAACUUCUUGGUCAGCUGAAGCAUACGUUUGUGUGUGUUCACAUCCUUGGACUGGUGACCAUUGUGAUAGCAGUGUAAGCAGUAGUUGCAUGUCCAAUGGAUGCCGCAAUGGCGGGUCAUGUACGGAGACCUCGUCUGGUUACUUCUAUUGCGACUGCCCAAAUCAGUUUACGGGCGAGUACUGCGAAACCGUUUAUAAUGAUACAGUUGUGUCCAGUGGGGCUUGCGCUAACCACCAAUGCAUGAACGGUGGACGUUGCUACACAACAGCAAGAGAAGACGCUGGGUAUGCAUGUGUGUGUGUGCCUGGCUGGACUGGGGACUACUGUCAGGACACAGACUAUAGUUGCAGUAUCGAUAGAUGCCAGAAUGGAGGGACAUGUUACAGGGACAUCUCAACUAACAUGAUGUAUUGUCUCUGCCCAAUGCCAUACUCGGGCCCGUACUGUGAGAUGGAUUACAGCUGCCCGAGCAAUGUUUGCCAGAACGGAGGAACGUGUCAAAGUGUGUCUGGCUUCACCUACUGUCUAUGCCCGGACCAAUACUCUGGCCAGUACUGCGAAAUAGAUGCAGAUUCUUCCAAUGAUGGCUGUGUUAACCACCAGUGUAUGAACGGUGGGAGUUGCUACUCCACGCCAUGGCUGUCCACUGCGUAUGCAUGCGCCUGUCCGUUCCAGUGGACGGGCGUCUUUUGCCAGGAUUGGGUUUCACCCUGUACACUGAUUCCAUGUCUUAAUGGAGGGAAGUGUGAUACUUCCAUUAAUGGUGGCUGUACUUGUCUUGCUGGUUACACUGGCACGUACUGCGAAACACAAAUGCCCUGUACGAUGUCUCCGUGCCUAAAUGGUGGGAGCUGCGCUUACUUUGGUGACGUCACUUACUGCUCCUGCCCCUUAGGAUUCAGUGGCAUAUUUUGUGAAGAAGAAGUGACUUGUGGGGACUCCGGCUGUGCCAACGGCGGCGUCUGUGUUGCGUCACGUGGUGAUGACAUUGCAUAUUGCAUAUGUAGACACGGUUACACAGGGACAUAUUGUGACACGGUGCUAGCCUGUUCCGCCAUAUCUUGUCAAAAUGGCGGCACAUGCGUCGCAUCCAACGAUGGGUCUACUUCCUUUUGCGUUUGUCUGGAUCAGUUUACAGGAGAAUUUUGCGAAAGAGCUAUCGUGUGUGCCCAGUCUUGUCAAAACGGGGGCAGCUGCGUGGCAUCUGCCAGUGGUAACGGCGGGUCCUGCGCUUGUACAAGUCAGUACACUGGGGAGUAUUGUCAAACAGCAGUGACAGUUGAUCCGUGCGAUAGCUCACCCUGUGGAAACAACGGCGCUUGCAACUCAGCUGCAAACAACGCCAACGCCUACACCUGUAGUUGUGUUGAAGGCUGGACCGGCCCCUCUUGCGAAAGUAGGAGUGGGGGAACCGAGGCACUGUCUCAGGCCAUAGUCAUCGGUGCAGCGGUGGGCGGAGUAGUCGUAGUCCUCAUUAUUAUCGCCAUCGUGGUAGCCAUCUGCUGUUGCCUUGCAAGGAAUAAAACCGGCCCUCCUCCACGACUCAGCACCGGCCCAGCUGCCACCCUCACCAACCCCCAGUACGCUUCCCAGCUCCGACCACCAAAGUACGCAGUCAAGGACAACCUGCCCCCACCCUAUGAUUACACGAUUUCCCCUCCCCCCGGUGCGAAUGCCAUGCAACCCCCUCCUCGCCCCAGUAGCACGACCCCCUCGGGGUACCAGAUGCCCAUGCAGCAACUACCGUCCCAGAAGAAGCCCAAGCAGCCACAACGGACACCUGAGGAGGAAUACGCCUACGUGAACAACGUCUACGAAGAGCUGCCUGAAGCAGAGUCCCAACUGUACAUGGAGCCCUCACGCGACGUCAACGAGAACAGACCAAAAGAAGACCCAGAGUAUAUGGACCUGACUGAGAACUAGACUGAUAUCCAGCCUGUAGAGUGUGCAAGUCUCAUUAUCAUGAAUACCAGAUGUACACGUAGGCAGAACAGUACAAUGUACAUAGACCGGAAUGACUUGAAA